AUGAAAUUCUUAAUUACUUUAUUAGUUUUAAUAGUAUUAAUUAACUCAAGUUUUGCUGCUAUCAGUAUUUUAGAUUUAAAACAAAAAUGCAAUAAUUAUUGUAACUCACUUGUUGAAACCGGCCAAAAUGCUGCUGCCAAUAUAAUUAACCACGCUGGUCUUGAAACCGUUAGACAUGCCGCCAAUGAUUUUGAAUAUGUUUUCCCACAACAAUACAAUAUGAUCAAAACCUUUGCCGAAUACUUUUCAAAUGAUAUCGGUACAUGCAGCAAUGCUUGUAAAAUUUUAAUCGAAAGAGAACUUUUCGAUUUAAAUCAAAAUGAAAACCAAGAAAAUGAAAUGAACAUGUUCCAAAUUGAAGAUGAAGAUUUUUAA